AUGGCAACAGUGGAUGAAGACAAAGGUGGAUUAUUCUUUUUAUAUGGUCAUGGAGGAACUGGCAAGACUUUCAUUUGGAAGACUUUGCUUUCUUGCAUAAGAUCUAGAGGAGAUAUUGUGUUAACUGUUAUAUCAAGUGGAAUUGCAUGUCUUUUAUUACCGGGAGGUCGAACAUCUCAUUCGAGAUUUGUAAUUCCUCUCAAUCCAACUGAAGAUGCAACACGCAAUAUAAAGCAAGGUAGUCCUCUGGCAAAUUUGAUUGUCAAGACAAAGUUGAUUAUUUGGGAUGAGGCACCCAUGAUGCAAAGAUACUAUUUUGAAGCUCUUGAUCAGACUCUCAAAGAUAUUCUCAGAUUUAAAAACACAUCCAGUUUAGAUAAACCUUUUGGAGGAAAAACAAUUGUUCUAGGUGGUGACUUCAGACAGAUUUUGCCCGUCAUAACCAAAGAAACAAGCUCCAUUGAUGGAAUUGAGACUAUUCAAAUCCCUGAUGAUCUUCUCAUUAAGGAUUGUGUCGAUCCAAUAUUGGAAAUUGUAAAGAGUAUGUAUCCUGACUUUUACAGUCAUUCCAGGGACUUAGAUUACCUCCAGCAAAGAGCAAUUCUUGCUCCGACUCUAGACAUGGUGGAGUCGAUCAAUGAUUUCAUGGUAUCACUUAAUCAUAAUUCUGAGAAGACAUAUCUGAGUUCUGAUACAGUUUGUAGGUCUGAUCAUUCUUUUAUGGCAUUGGAGCAUGUGCACACACCAGAAUUUCUUAACAGUAUCAAGUGUUCUGGAAUUCCAAAUCACUCUAUCACAUUAAAGAUAGGUGUACCAAUAAUAUUAUUGAGAAACAUAGAUCAAUCAUCAGGGUUGUGUAAAGGGACGAGGCUGAUCAUCACAAGACUUAGAAAUCGGGUUAUAGAAGCUAAGGUUUUAUCAGGCAAAAUGGCGGGUGAAAAAGUAUUUAUCCCAAGAAUGAGUUUGAUACCAUCUGAUGCAAGAAUACCUUUUAAGUUCCAGCAAAGACAAUUUCCCAUCAUUGUCUCAUUUUCCAUGACCAUCAAUAAAAGUCAAGGCCAAUCAUUGUCUCAUGUUGGAUUAUUUUUUAAGAAAUCAAUGUUUACACAUGGUCAAUUGUAUAUUGCUCUUUCACGAGUAACAAGUAGGAAGGGGUUAAAGAUUUUAGCCUGCGAUGAUGAAGGAAAAAUAACAAAUGAAGUCAAAAAUAUAGUGUACAAAAAGGGUUUUCGUAAUUUAGUUUGA